AGUCCUACUAUUCAGCGCCUUUCUCCUUCCGGUCUCGACUUGCUUCCUCUUCCCUGUUACAACAAACAGAACACAUGGAUUAGCGUCACCAGGUACGAUUCAUGGAGACCGACUCUCGUAAACUUCGAUCCAGAAAUAGGUCAUCCAUGAGCUACUUCCUCGUCGUCUGCUCAGGUCUUUCUGCUCCAUCCACCCGCUUCUCCUUGCUCUCCGAGAUAGAAAACAUAAACCAUUAGCCUUCCGAAUAGAAUAUGGAUCAUGGCCACCUAAUCGCUUAGCUCCAGUCGAUGCGUAUGUCUGCCAUGGACUCCUUCUUCCUCCUUGGGGCAGAAGCUCGAGGGAGGUUCCUCCAGAUCGCCGGCCGCACUCUGGGUUGCACGUAUAUCUGCACAUGGACUCCUCUCUCCCAUCCGCCGAUUAACCUUUUGAUCUCCACAGAUGGAUGGCACCGUGAGGAAGACGGCGAUCUCCCGAGCUCCUCGUCGGGAAGCAUCUCCCUGAGGCUCUUUAAAGCCUACCACGGAUCCCUUUGCAGUAUUCAGAAUGGUUGUAUUCCCGGGUUGGCCUACAAAGGUGCGCCUGCAUACAUCGAGUUAAGGGAUGCAGAUCUAAUGACCUUGGCAUGGAUGAACGUACAACGGGAAUUCUACCAGGAAGCCGGAAUAAAGACUGCAGUAUUCGUGGGAUGCCGGAACGGAGAAAUUGAAUUAGGAAUGACGAUGUCACCGGAUGUAAUCUAUCUGACGGCAAUUACAUGCGUUACGAAUAUUAUUAUUCAUUUCGUUGUAUACUCUUUCUCAUCAUCAUCAUCAUCAUCUUCUGGGUUUCGUUUGCAGACAAACCUGCAUGUGAUUAUCCAGCAAGUGUUCGGUGAAGACUUCGUUCAACGGUACCAGUUAGGAGGCGGAGGAGGAAGAGACUUCAUGCGGCACUCCCAAUCAGGAAACCUCAUACUGCCACCUGAACUGGGUUGGCCCUCACCGUCCUCCUCGUCACUUCGAUCUUCAUCAGCGGGAAGUCCCCAGAGCUCACAUCUUCUUCUAACUAAACCAGGUGCUCCUUUUGUUCCUGAGGCGAUCACAGAGCAACCACUGGCUCCGUCACACCAAAUGCCCAUGCAAGCCUACAACCCGAACCGAAAUGUUCAAUUCCCAGCCGCUACAGGUGAUGAUGAGGCAAUGAGGAGAGCCAUGCUUGCUGUUAACUGGUUGCCAUCCUCGUCUUCUUCUCCACUUAGUCACCAGCUAGAUCGGCAACAACACCAAAUCUAUCAGGGACGUAUCGACCAUCAAAUUGGAGCUUUUAAAGCUUACGAUCCAGCUCUUGCUCCAAAACCGGAGGCAAAUCAGAACUUACCUGGCCAAAGAAUGAUUAAGAUGGGCAUCAACAUCUUGACAGAAAUUAACAGGAUGAGGAUGGAAGCUCGAGCGCAGGAACAUCGGCCAACAAGUAACCAGUUGCACCACAUCAUAUCGGAGCGCAGGCGUCGGAAGAAGAUUAAUGACUACUUUCAUGCUCUCAGAGUGCUACUUCCGCCAGGAUCUAAGAAGGACAACGUAUCGGUGCUGGCAAACACGAAGACCUACUUGAAUUCCUUGAAAGCUCGACUCUCUGAGCUUGAGGAGAGGAAUCAAAUGCUAGAACGUCAACUGAAGUCUGCCGACGACGCUGAUGAAGUUAGUGAUCGAAGCGAAAGAGUCGAAGUUCAGAUAAGCCGAUCCUCCGAGUUCAAAUCAGAGGCGCAACAAAUCAACCUCAGCCUCAUCGUAAGGGAGGAAUGUGAUAUGAUAGAUCUGGUUCUCCAUGCGCUUCGACUCCUGAAAGAGAUGAGAGACGUAAUAUUGAUAUCCAUGGAUGCAAGCACGAGAUCGCCAUCGAGAAAUAUAUUCGCAAGGGCCAAUCUUAAGCUACAAGUGAAGGAUAGUGAUUGGGACGAGGGCAGGUUCGAGGAAGCCGUGACCAAAGCCGUCGUCGAUGCGUUGGCACAAGGAAAAACGAAGACUCCAUCACAUUCUUCACCGGCCCAUCAAUCUUGACCAUCUCUAUUUUUCAGUUCGAUGGCUCGAGAGACAAACAAGAAGCAGCAACAUGGGGUGGUCAAAUGAGGUAAAUAAGGCAACGUAAAGGUGCCCAUAAAGCAUAUCCAAAGGUGCAAGCUAUCAUGGAGGAGGGAGUAUAUAUUUCUUCGGUGCCACACCGUAGA